CCCCCCCCCAACGCCACCCUUCCCUCUCCCCUUGCCUACAUCCCCCGCUACGGGCCGCCUCGCGCACUGGACGCCGCGAUGGCUUUCGCUCCGCCAGGCGAUCGCCCGGGCGACGAGCGGCCGAGCCUUUCGGUAACCAUCCCCUCAACUCGGGGGCCCCUCUCGCCGGGGCCGGUGCAUCCGAGUGAGGCCUCGCACUUGCGGCCGAUGCGUCGAUCUCUUGGGCCACGCUCGAUCAGUCUCCCCUCUUCGGCCCGGGUCCCGGGGACUCCACUGUCCGCCAGGCCUAGUGCGGGCUCCGCCACGGGCGAGCGCUCAUCUGAAGAGCCCCCUGCCCAUGGUGUGCAGGUGGUGGUUGAGGAGCGCGAUCGGUGGCGCCGGACACACCCCCUGACGCCAAUCCCCUUCCUGGCCCUGCAACUGAUCACCAUCUUCAUGUGGCAUGGCGUGCAGUGGAUUUUCCGCCUCUUGCACAUGCUGGUCUUCGUGCUGCUGCUUUUCCCGGCCUUCCUGCCUGUAUUCUACCUGUACCUGACGGCACCUCGUCGGGCCAUCCGACGGAAUGUGGUCUAUGGCGACCAGGCUCGAAAUGCCUUGGACAUCUACGUGCCCCGGGAGCUGGAGCACUUCUGCUGUACCAAGCCUGGCGAUGAGACGGAUGCUUGCUCCGAAACGGAUGGCUGCCCCGCAGCCGCACAUGCCGAUGCCACCGCCGCCGCCGCGCAUGUCCCCCAAUCCUACUAUUCCUGCCUCGGAUCCGCUUGCGAGUGUGGCCGUGCGAAGUCCGAUAGUGUGGCCGGCCCCUCGGCUUUGCGUCCAGUGUUUAUCUUCGCCACCGGUGGCGUCUGGCUCAUUGGCUACAAGGCCUGGGGCGCCUUCCUGGCCAGUGUGCUUGCCUCGCACGGGGUGGUGUGCGUUCUGCCGGAUUACCGGAACUUCCCGCAGGCCUCCUCCGUCUCGGCCAUGGUGGCCGAUGUCAGCCGGGCGGUGGGCUGGACCUGCCGGCACAUUCACCGCUUCGGUGGCGACGCCAGCCGCAUCACGCUGGCAGGCCAGUCGGCCGGGGCACACAUCACCGCCAUGAUGCUCGUAGCCAAGAUCCUGGCCGAGGGUGGUGCCCUGGAUGAGUUCGCCGAGCAGGCCACCGCGGCCAAGACCUCCUCGGGGGCCAGCACAGCCUCCCCCUCGACGCCCGCCUCUCGGGCCCCCGGCGCUCGUCGGGCAUCCAUCCCCGGGCCCGGGUCCAUCUCUUCCAGUCCCGAGGUGUCAGCGGCCGACACCGCGGCCGGCCUACUUGCCUCGAUGGACUCCCUGCUGACCGCCUCGCCCUCGACGGCCGUCGGGCUGCUGGACUUGCGCCGGUCGCUUCGGCCGCGCGAGGGUGACAAGCUGAGUUCCUUCGAGCUGCUCAGCCUCACCUACCUGGGGCCGCUGAUUGCCACCGUGGGGGCGCACUCCUGGUCGGUGGCCAACAUCCGCUCGACCAUUCUCGUCAGUGGCCCGUUCGAUUUGAUUGCCGUGGCGCCGGAGUUCCACGCGCAUGGCCUCUACCGGCCGAUCCUCCGGAUGAUCAUGUCCGCCUGGCCUGGAGACUUCUCCUCCACCGACGAGACCGCGACCGCCGCAGCCACAUCCUUCCGUGCCCUGUUGAACCGUGUCCUGGGAGACCAGUCCCCUUAUGCCGGAUUCCCGGGCGAUGCUCCCAUCCCUGCCGCCCCGGCCAAAGGCUCAACCCCGGCGCUGGAGCCCCACGGACCACUGAAGUCCUUCAUCCCGGACUCGUCAUUGAACCUGCUGGCCAUCUACUCGCCAUCCCGCCUGCUACGAAUGCCAGUCUUCUGCCGGGCAGCCAUCCGAGUGGUCCGCCUGGCAGCCUCUCGAGGGUGUCCUUGCGGCGAGGGCCCCCCCUCCCCGCGUCCUGUCCGAUCCCUCGGCCAUUCGCUCCCGGCCAUUCUCAUCCAACAUGGGACCAACGACUCGGCGGUGCCCUUUUUCUCCUCGCUGGACAUGCACGCGGCCAUGGUGUCCGCCGGUUUCCGCGCCCGGCUCCAGCUCUAUGACGGCCAAACGCACACCGACCCGCUGAUCGAGACGACUUCCCAUCCGCAAUCCUGCGCGCCUGACCAGCGCCCGGUCAAGCACAUGGUCCAGUUCUUGUAUGAAACAAGUGCCGUGCCGCCGGCCGAGCCGUGCACGAUCUGCCUCACUCGGUCGGAGUCGACCAUUCUCCUGUCAGACGAGUCGGUGCAGCCAUCGCUGGCGCCAUCGAGCCUGGACCUCGGCAGCGUGGCCACCGAGCCUGGACCCCUGUCAAGGCAUCCGAUCAACCUGGCCACCGAUCACUUGGAGGACUGGGUGUUCGACCUCGGACAGGAGACACGCAGUCGGGCGAUCCGGCGGCCGGACGGCCGCCGUGCUCCAAAGAACGCCCUCUUGGUGCCGGUCUCGGAGCGUGCAGAGGACUCACUCGAGCCCGGCAGCUCGGACAUCGACGACGCCUUUGAGCUGGUGUCUUCCACGGCCGGCAGUGACUCCGACUUUUUGAUGUCUCUCCCGGAGUCCGAGGCGCACAUCCUGGCCCGAACGGGAUCCCCGGCGUCGGUCAGCGCCACCGAUGAAUCCUCCCCCACUCUGGGGGUCGUCGACUUGCUGGGCUCCGGUGAGGAGGCUGGCCAUCCUGGCCUUGACACGGCCGAUGGCCGUUCGCGGAUUUCCCUGGCCCAAUCGCCGGGUUUCCCAUUGGUCGAGACCGACCGGCUGGCGGGGCACCCGCGCUCGUCCACAUCCCGCGGCCCGAUGUCCAAUGUCGAGGGCAGCCCCCUUGGCGUGGCUGAGGAUUCCGGCUUCCACUCGGACAUGUCGACCGCCGCUUUGGUGUCCUCCAUCCCGCCAGUGGUUGGCCCCGACGCUGCCAUCGUCGUCGCUCGGACUUUGGCCAAGCCUGCCCUUACUCUCCCCCCAAUGGGCAAGGCAUAUCCCCUGUCGGGACCCGGGACCUCGGUGUAUCCCUUCAUCCUGGAAUUGCCGAUUCCCUUCUGGUGCAUCCGCUUCUGCCAGGCCUUUAACCCCUUCUGAGGGGCCCGUCUUGUAGCCCACAUAGAUUGAUCCGGCGCUGCCCGAACGAGGGCAUUCCCAGCGGAAAGCGCCGAUCCAAACAACAACGACAGCAUUUGCGUAAGUAUACUUGUAUGCAUGUGUGUGCUUGUGUGCUUGUGGCUCUGUGUCUUUUUUC